AUGAUUCGAACCACAGAGUCACUACCUUUCAAAAGACGACCAUUUUCGACGUCACUGCCCGCGAACCUAACGCACAUCAAUGGUCUGCACGAGUUCCUGGACUCGCCAACGGGGCAGUGCGACAAACUAGUGGAAAUUGGCGGGACUUGGUUCUGUGACGGAUUUGACGGAAACAAGGACGUAUGUUUGGACCCGUGGUACACACCCGCCUACAACUCGUGCCUGAUUUACUCGUUUGGUGUCGGCAACGACAUCACAUUUGAGAAGAUCAUGUCCGACCUCUGGGGCUGUCAGGUCUUCCUGCACGAUCACACUGUCAACCAUACCAACGAUUUCUUCGGAUCUCGCCACGUCCACCGGCCGUGGGGCAUCGCCAACGUCAGCCACGUCGACGACGACGGCCGGACGUUAGUGACGUACAAAGACGCCCUCGCUGCCAACGGUCACGUCGGCGCCCAGGUGCACUACCUCAAGAUCGACAUCGAGGAACAAGAAUAUCAUGUUUUACCUAACAUAUUUGCCUCGGGCUUACUGGAGAACGUGUGGCAACUACACAUGGAGAUCCACAAUUUCUGGAGGGAGUGGGAGUCAUCUGAACUAUAUAUCCAGCGUAACAAGACAACCACUCGGUUUUACAUUUCAUAG